UGAAUCAGCUGUCGCAUCUGAUACUGCUUUGCAAUGUCUUCGUUUGAUUUUCGACAACCCACGCAAACAACCAGCCAAGAUGUUAGGCACACCUCUUCACGACCAGCUGCAGCAGCCUGACUCCAGCACUGAGUCCGCCCAGACCCACACCGCUACCACCGUCGACGACACCACCAUCGACACCACCAUCGCCUACGACAACACCGUCGACACCACCACCGCCCACAGCACCACCGUCGACACCACCACCGCCCACAGCACCACCGUCCACGACACAGCCAUCGCCCACAACACCGUCGACGACACCACCAUCGCCCACAACACCGUCGACGACACCACCAUCGCCCACGACAACGCCGUCGACACCACCACCGCCCACAGCACCACCGUCGACGACACAACCAUCGCCCACAACACCGUCGACGACACCACCGUCGACACCACCAUCGCCCACAACAACACCGUCGACGACACAACCAUCGCCCACAGCACCACCGUCGACGACACCACCAUCGCCCACAACAACACCGUUGACGACACAACCGUCGACGACACCACCAUCGCCCACAGCACCACCGUCGACGACACCACCAUCGCCCACAGCACCACCGUCGACGACACCACCAUCGCCCACAACAACACCGUCGACGAAACCCCCGCCCACAACACCACCGUCGACGAAACCCCCGCCCACAGCACCACCGUCGACGACACCACCGUCGACGACACCACCGUCGACGACACCACCACCGCGCACAACACCACCACCGCCCACGACACCAGCAUGACCACCCCUGCAAUUGUGGAAGUGGCGGACGUUACUGAAGCGACACGUGCCGUGGCCGCCUUCCACAACUCUCGCGUGUGCGGCAGCAUUUUUGUCAACGGCGCGGCAAAGGUGACCGGAGAAGGCAUUGCCACGAGCUUGAGCGACCGCCUUUGUCAUGCACCCAUCAUCGACGGCCCAUUUGAGGUGGACGCGGCCGCCUUCAACCACCCUGACUUGGGCCAACGGUACGAAGACGGACAACCCGAAGCAGCAACACACCAAAGCGUCGAGUGUGACGACCGCAGAAGUGUGGUGCGCAUGUUCAAACUCAAAGGCACGCAUGGGCGGUUCAGGCUGGACAUUGUGCGCACAACGGCAGACGUGCACUUGAUGCUCCAGUACACCCGAUCGAAGCGGAGCGGGGCGACAUCGAAGCCUGUGUCAGAUGCAGAGCUGCACAUGGGCCUGGCAAGCAUCGCCCCCGCCAUGGUGUUGCAAACACCUCCAUCCGAGCCAAUGGCGGACCGGGUUUCGACCACAUCGGCCCUGCACCGCCACCCACCUGAAAGCAACGUCAGAGAGUACAAGACUGUGCAGCUCGACGAACCCACACCAGCGGGAAUUCAGCGCAAGGUCCUGGAGCAUGCACGCAACUACAUGGCAGAGAUGUACGCCUUGGAUGCUUCACGCGCGCCAAGGCGUGCAUACAUUGGCAUCGGCGUUGCAGACAACGGCAGCGUGGUGGGAAUCCCCGUGAACCCGUCCCCAAAGGACGCUGACUUGGAGACCCUGGCAUCAAACAUCUCACAGCAACUGCACGGCUACCUGAAAAGGCUGUUUCCAGCACCCCAGCUUGACGUGAUUGUGCGAGUGAAGAGGGUAGUGGCACCGAAAAUUGAAGAGCUGUGGCAAGCCGAAGGCAACACGGUGUACGUGCUUUCGGAAGACGACUUUAGGCGCAUGGCCAAGGCGACUGGACAGGACAAAAUGGUGCUGUUCAGAGGGGCGGUGAUGACUGAGCGGCAACAAGCUACAGGACGGGGUGGUGCUGGCCACCGAAAGUGGUGCGCGCUGGCGAGCACAGCCAAAGGGGUGUUCGAGGUUCGUGAUGAAAAGUUGCGUGGGUGGCGGAUCAAGAAGCCUGGGAAGGAGGUGGAAGUGCCGCUGUGCGUGCGCGAGUAUGACGACCUUUGCAUGGGAGAGCCGUUGAUUCUAGUUGAAGUGGAAUUCGAUGCAAAGCGCGCCUGUGUAUCUGGGCAUCCGACCGUCUUAUGGAACAUGGACAAGUUUGACUGCCCCAUAUGGGACGGCAAACAUGUUGUGGCCCUGACCCCCUUCGCGGCGUGGGCGUUUCAUCGCCAUCGAGUAACACCACAUCUCCUGUUCAGGCCACCCAGCAUCGGCGCGCACCCCAUGCCGGUUGUUGUGGACGCGCGCAGCGCAAGGUUCCCUGAUUGGAUGCAAGUGUUCGACGUGAAUGCUGUGGGCAACAUCCCAUGGCAAGGACCGAGCGGUGUCAUCAUGGCGUUGGGGCUGGAAACCGAAAGUGUGCAGGCGCUGUGUCGCAGUCUACCCGACAUGGAGGUGUGGGUGAGCGUUGUUGACACAGAGCCAGGGCGUCUGGAGGCCGCGCUGCAGAUGUUCCGGCGAUACCUCUCGGACACCCCGCACCACUGCGUGAGAGACGUGAGGCUCUUGCCAUCCUUGGCGUCGUUGCUUGAAGCGCAGCCACCUUCUUCUGUGGUGCGUGAAGCCACUUGCACGACGCCGGCACCCACAACUCCCAUCAGUCACUGCAUGGUUGUGCCACACCAGAGUCAGCUUCUCGGCCCACACCCCGCCACAAGCGAGGGUCAUGCGUGUGUGCAGCGGUUUCUGGCAGGGAGACGAGAUGUACCGGCCACAUCGGCAGCAGCAGAGGCCGUCGACGGCUCCGAGAGUGACGGCGGUGAGGUUGAUGGUGUCAACGAGGCGCAGUUGCCGUGGAGCUUGGUUGACACUGCCGCGGUGGAUCGGUUGCAGGAUGAGUCGUUACUGUCUCAACUGGACGCGAUUUUUGAUGAGCAACAGCAUGCAGGCUCACCGAGUCACUUUGUGUACGGGAAGGCGCCGUUUCAAGGUAUCGGCGUGACCACGAGCCUUCAGCGGGUGGCGCGGGCAUUUGUUGAGAGGAGGCGACACGACGUCUGCGUUUGGGUGCCACGCGCAUGCGACCUUCGGCAAGUGGGCCCACAGCUACAAAACUUGCUCUCGCAAUAUGUGACGACCACGACGCGGCGUGUCCUCGUGCUCGCCGACCAAGACAUUAGCCGCGCAAUUUCAGACAUUGAUCGCUGUGUGAGGUCGUGCAUGGCGAGGAAAGGGGCUUUGUUCGUGUUGUUCUACGUGAAGUUGUGCCAGCGGUACGUCGCGUCCCGUGAUGGUGCCUCUGAGUUUAUGUUCUGUCCGUUCUUGAUCGACGAAGAGAAGCCGCGCUUCAUCAAGCACUACGCAUCGCACUGCCCCCAGGCCGAGCAGCGCGUGCGGGAGCUGGAGAACACACCAGACCAUCUGCCUGUCACAUUGCUCAGUGCAGCCGUGUCACUGGGGAACUGCUGCGCCGCCUUUCGCAUGCUUAAGAGCUGUUUUGCCGCCGUCCCGGAAGACACCCAAUCUCGCCUACAGCGGCUUGCGCUACUUGAGGUGAUGGCUGGAUGUGACAUCAGCGACAUUUGGCUUCCUGGCACGGGCGUGGAGCUACCAAUGUGGAAGUGGCUCGUACGCCGCAAUGAUGGCACUGGUGGGCGGGAACGGCUGACGUCGAUGCUGUGGGCGUUCCCGUUGCUGAGAUCGCGCGGCAUCGUUCUCUCUGCUCUGCAAGAGGGUGCGUAUGCUUCCACCGACGUGCGCAGGGCUGUCGCUCAGAAGAUCGUCCGCUGUAUGAAGGCGGCGUUCCGUGAUGUCUGCGAGGCCGGGUUGAGUUUAAAGCCCUGGCUGGUGCUACUGACGGCUGAUGAGAGUGGGGGUGACGGCCUGUGCCAGAUGCCAAAAUGGAUCCAGAUGACGUACGAGCGUGGCAACAAGGGCGUGUUCGACUCUGUGUACGGCGUACUGGACUCGCUUGACGACGACAUGGAGGAGUCAGGCUACACAGAUUCCAGGGGACAGGUUGCCAUUCUCAAAACUCAGCUGCGACUGAUUUUCACGCACCCACGGCCAGCCACCAGCUGGUCUACAAUGGCAAGCAGUGGGAGCAGCGGGAACCCCGAGACUGAGUGGGCGGCGAUCCUACAGCCUUUGGAAGCGUUCGUCGAGACCAAUGAUCACUCGAGGGCGGAGCGGCACAAGCUGGGCACGAUACAGGCACAGGCAGCCAGUGAGCUAGCACGUGCUUUUCCAGCCCAGGCAGUCACGCUUGCAAAACAGUGUGUUGCAAACUUGCGGCGCUGUGUGCAGCAGCACCCUACUCGGCCGCUGAAGCCAGGCCUUUCCCAGCAGUACCUUUUGCCGGGAUUGCACAGAGCCAGCAAGCACCUGCAGCGCGCGAGCAGUGUCAUGAGAGACGUGCAAUGCAAGCGACGCCUCGAGUCGUCCAUCCAGGAUCUUGAUGGCCUGGAAUCCCAGCUGGGCGGACCCUCUGCAGACCGCAGCCAUGCGCCUUCCAACACUGAGGCCGAAGCAAACCGAGGUGAUCGUCGACUGCCGAGGACUGAAUCGGACCCAGAACCACGUGCACGAGCAACCUUACGUCGCGCGCGAGGUAUGCAGCAUUUCGUGCACAAGGCCUUGCAGCCAUGGGAAGGGCAGCCCAGCAUUGACCAGCUGUUGCACGAGGCUGAGCUUGCGUUGCCACUGAGCUGA